CGGGGGCCCCGCGGCCUUCCCAUGGCUGACCUGAGCUUCAUCGAAGAUUCCGUCGCCUUUCCCGAGAAAGAGGAGGACGAGGAGGAAGAGGAGGAGGGCGUGGAGUGGGGCUACGAGGAAGGUGUUGAGUGGGGCUUGGUGUUUCCUGAUGCUAAUGGGGAAUACCAGUCUCCUAUUAACCUAAAUUCAAGAGAAGCGAGAUAUGACCCCUCGCUGCUGGAUGUCCGCCUCUCUCCAAAUUAUGUGGUCUGCCGCGACUGUGAAGUCACCAACGACGGACAUACCAUUCAGGUUAUCCUGAAGUCAAAAUCAGUUCUGUCAGGAGGACCAUUGCCUCAAGGGCAUGAAUUUGAACUAUACGAAGUUAGAUUUCACUGGGGAAGAGAAAACCAGCGUGGUUCCGAGCACACGGUUAAUUUCAAAGCUUUUCCCAUGGAGCUCCACCUGAUCCAUUGGAACUCCACUCUGUUUGGCAGUAUCGACGAGGCUGUGGGGAAGCCGCAUGGAAUCGCCAUUAUUGCUUUGUUUGUUCAGAUAGGAAAAGAACAUGUCGGCCUGAAGGCUGUGACUGAAAUCCUCCAGGAUAUUCAGUAUAAGGGGAAGUCCAAAACAAUACCCUGCUUUAAUCCUAAUACUUUAUUACCAGAUCCUCUGCUCCGGGAUUACUGGGUAUAUGAAGGCUCCCUUACGAUACCACCUUGCAGUGAAGGUGUUACCUGGAUUUUAUUCCGAUACCCUUUAACUAUAUCUCAGCUACAGAUAGAAGAAUUUCGAAGGCUGAGGACGCAUGUUAAAGGGGCAGAACUUGUGGAAGGUUGUGAUGGGAUUUUGGGAGACAACUUUCGACCCACUCAGCCACUUAGUGACAGAGUCAUUAGAGCUGCAUUUCAAUAGCCAAAGAGAACAGGAACAAAUCUACCUUCAUCGGGGAGGAAGACAAUGGUCCUACAGUGCCCUUGGAUGAGAAACGGAAACUUUUGAACUGCAGCUUCAGUUUAUCCUCAAAGCCUGCAUUGUUUAUCGUCAUCUAAUCCAGCUUUGAUGGACAUCUGUGACAAUUGCCUGUAUACAUGCUGUAAUGAAAUACUAGAAAUGGCUGUACAUUCCAAAGAAACCCCCUGUUAUAUAUCCACAUCACUGCUUCUAGGAUAUAUAUUUUUCAAUAUUGUUUAUUGCUUAUGUGCAGAAGAAAUGAAACUAGUUUCCAGGGUUAUUAAUAUGAAUAUAUAUCAUAUGUUAAUAUUGAGACAGGAAAAACUCAUUUCCAGUGUUAGUAGUUCUUCAUUUCACAUCUCCAACAGAAAAAGUCACUUGUUUGGAGACUAGUGCAAUUCUUGGUAAUAAAAUAAGAGUUUUGAUCAAGAACAGCGUAGAGCUUCAAAAUACAAAAUACACACGAAGGAUUAGUGGAAAUCAUGUCUCAUGUUGUUUUUCAGUACCCAUAUGGCAAUUAAUGUCCAGGUGCUUUGUCAUGGAAAACAUGUUGAGAGUUAAUGCAACAACACAAUACUUGUUUAUUACUUUCUUAGUUAAAGGAUGUGGCUGAAUAUAUAAAUCUAGUCAUUUGUUUGGCACAUAUUUGAAGCUGUGGUUUAUAGGAAUUUGAGAAAGGAAUAAUAGGAUAAGAAGGCAGGUACAACGUACCAGGAAUAGUUUUAUCUUCCAUGAAUAGGAAUAUAAAUUUAAUAGUAUCCUAUAUUAAUUUAGUGUUAUAUACUUUGUAAGACUUUAAAAUAUUUUAUUCUAUGGACUCACCUUUGGUAUGGUAUGGUAAGAUGUUUCUUUCAAAGACGACCAACAGCAUUCUUAUUUUAAGUGCUACUAGCCAAUUUAAGUAUGUACCUAGCUGCAGUUAAAUGUGACAGAAUGAGAUAAUUUGUGAAAAGCAGUAGAGGGCCUGGCACAAAGCAAACACUUAAUAAAUGUUAUUACUGUUGUUGUAACACUCAUGACUUCAAUAACACAGUCCCAAUUUGGAGGGAUUUUGUGAUGCAAAAUAUCUAAGAAAUAAUAGAAAAUGAUGGAAUAAGUAUUUGUUCAGAAUUUUUAGAUGUGUUGAAAUGAGGUUGUAAUAAUGAAAGUAUUAAAUACAAAUAAAAUUCACACCAGACAUCUCUGAAAA